CGGCUCACACGCAAUUUACGAGGGAAAAAUAAAUUUAUCUCCACACCGGCCAUUGUUACAAACGCGGGCAUUAAAUAUGACGCGAUAGAUAAAGCAAAUGCUAUAGCAGACAUUUUUGAAAAACAAUUUUCACCAAACGAGGACAUAAACGAGCCUCAAUUUACUAGGACCACGACAGUAGCUGUUAAUAACUAUUUACAAAUCGUUCCACAAGCCGAGCCGGAACUCGUAACAAUUAAAGAGCUCUUAGAAGCUAUUCACUCGCGACCAAAAAAUAAAGCAGGCGGACCUGACGGAAUAAAUUUUGAUACUUUAAAGAAAUUAUCAUUUCAGGCUAUACAAUACUUUCUUAAAAUAAUAAAUGCUAUUUUUAUUCUUAAAUCCUACCCAGCGUCAUGGAAACUAGCUAAAGUUAUCACCAUUCCGAAACCGGGAAAAAAUGCGUCACUACCACAAAACAGGCGACCUAUUAGCCUCCUAAAUAGCAUGAGUAAAAUUUUCGAAAAAAUUUUACUCAAACGACUUCAACACCAUUCGGACGAACACGAAGUCAUUCCAGAUAACCAAUUUGGUUUUAGAAGGGGCCACUCUACCUCUCACCCCCUAAUUAAGCUCAUUGAAGAGGCCACUGACGGUUUUAACUCACGAGCGAAAUUUACUGUCGCAACGAUGCUAGACGCGGAAAAAGCUUUCGACAAAGUUUGGAUACCUGGCUUAAUUCAAAAAUUAAUUACAUUUAACUUUCCAGACACGUAUAUUCAUCUGGUGGCCCACUAUUUAUGGCGUCGAAAAUUUUUUGUAUCAAUAGAGGGGGCGAAAUCAUCCACUCGGGAGCUGACAGCAGGUGUGCCGCAGGGGUCCCCACUCUCACCCUUUUUCUAUAAUGUUUACACAGCCGACAUCCCGCGGGAACAUGCCCACGUGCAAUUAUAUGCAGACGACACUGCAAUAAUAUAUCAAUCCCCGAAUUUGAAGUUUGCUUUAACCAAAGUUCAGAGGCAGCUUACCUCACUCGAACAAUGGUACACUCGCUGGCGCAUUAAAAUAAAUGGAGCCAAGUCCACAACUUUAAUUUUAACUAAAAAAUACACCGCCCCCGACCGCGAAUUAAAAAUUUUUAAUCAAGCCAUACCAUUUGUUAAAUCGGCUAGAUAUUUAGGUUUAACUCUAGAUACCAGGCUCACCUGGAAAGUUCACACCACUAAGGUGACACAGUUUGCGCGAGGCACUUUGCGCAGCCUAUACUCAAUGUUUAAGGCCCCCCAAUUUCCUAGAAAGAAAAAAUUACAGCUGUAUUUACAAAUAGUUCGCCCUCAAUUAUUAUAUGCUUGCGAAAUCUGGGGCUAUGCAGCAAAAUGCCAUAUCGAUAAAGUACAGGUCACUCAAAAUAAAUUUCUUAGAGCCAUUGCAGAUUGCGGCUGGUACACCAGCACACUAGAAGUACACCAUCUACUCAAAGUAGAAUAUGUAGAGGAAUAUAUAAAACGGCAAAACAGGUCUUUUUAUGGCCAGCUCCCUGAACAUGCCAAUACUUAUAUGAAUUCACUUCCGGACUACGACCCAGCUGCACAGCGACAGUUUAAAAAACCGCGACUUGCCUAAGCCAGGUUAUACUAGAAUCCACACAUCCCAUGUACGCAGGGCAACUUAGCAAACAUAGCAGACGUUUCUCUCUGGCCCCGAUGUGCCUGUCUACGUCCUGCGGUGCAAAUAAUCAACAUUGGACUAGCCAAUGAUUGACAUGCCCAGGACUCGUAAAUAUUGCGUCAACACUACUUUUGGCCCAGCGGGGCUCUAUUUUAUUGCGUCAACACUACCUUUGACCCAGCGGGGCUCUAAUUAUAAACCAGCGACAACUCGACCGCAGGCCCAAAUUCCUUUAAUUACCAAAUCUUUCCUUCCCCCACCUCCUCCACUAGUCCUUGCUAGUUGUUUUCCCCAGCCAUUAUUAAUUAAUUCAUUAAUGUAACUUUCAUUUUCUUGCUAAUUCGAAAUGGUCCGAAGCAUGCAGGUGUAGGUUUUGACCCAUGCAGCGGUCCACUGCCUGUGUGUUAGGGCUGACUCCGUAUGCCUGAAGGGCGAGACCCGCCUGGCAGGCUUCACCUCCAGUGCCGGCCGCGUUUCGGAAGGCAUGGGUUUUUGAAUUGCGACAAAAAAAAAAAAAAAAAAAACUGGACGAGGGCAUCUCUCUGCUCGAACAAUAAUAGAAUAGGAUGACAUUCAUUUACUAAUUUCACUCUCUAUUUUUCAGGUUUAGACGACAACAGCCUGGGGGCUAACUACAGCAAUACUGGUUUAGCCUAACUUUGACCGAACUAUACUGGAACGCAAUAGUUCGGUCCUUAAGGCGGCCAGGUGUUUACUAAUCUAUGUAAUUUCUCCUACACAUCGGUAAACUUACACGAUGAUAUGCCUGCUUGGUCAGCCGGGUAUGUGCGGCCUUGGAGCUAUACACUACACUCACACAACGAGAUUAAUUAGGCCAUUUUUGCGCACACUCCACACGCCUCUAAAUACAGACAUCACGACACUCUCAUGCAUCAGUUAGCCAACUAACUGAGGGGAAAGGGUGACCUCCCCCCGCCUGACACCUACACUAUUAAAAAUAGAGCCAAGCAACAUGCGACAGCUAUUUUACUUCUUCUGGACCGUGAGCCACCUUUAAUCUUAAAAUCACACACAUCGCGCCCCGCCGACGUUUCCAAUGAUUCGAUCAAAGUGACGGGGUUGCACUAUUUAUAUUGGCGACCACAUAGCGAGUUAUGGGAACGUAAUAGUUCCCGGUAUCGCUGUCACACGCUCCCGGCCGAGCAUAUGAGGAAACGGCGGCGGCCCCUUCUCAGUCGCACCUGUGUUUCCGUACCAUGUGCGUCUCUGCCUGAGGACGGGAGCAGAUAGCAGUUCCCGAAACGUCGCUUGUUUCUGUUUAGGUAAAACUAUUGUAUUUGUUUGUUUUUUCGUUUUGUCAUGUUUUUUGUCUCGCUUCAACUGUUGUGCUGAAUUAUUUUGGGUUUCAAUAUUUUUGUGUUGUCAUCAUUUGUGGGGAUUUUUUCGUUCUCUUAGUACAUUUUUCUUUGUUUUUUCUUUGUUUGCUGACCAUAUUCCUGUUUCGGAAUAUUUUGUGGUGUUCAUAUCCUUGUUGACAACAGCAAUUGUUUGCUUAAUUUUGUGUGUUUUUGUAUCUUUUUUUGAGUAUUUUUAUUUUUAUUUUUAUUUAUUUAUUUUAUUUAUUAGUUUUUCUUCAACAGAAAAAGUUCUUAGCAAUAGCGUAUGUCCAAAAACUUACAUCAAGUCAUGCACUCCCAUUGCACAAAUCUUUUAAAGAUAACAGGAAAUGUGAACUUAAACAAGAACCAACCUGGCCGCCGUCACAUCUACUGUAAGAGUUCGCAUUGGGCUAAAUUAUCUUGGUGAAAUCAGGCAGUUUUAUUUAUCCUUCAUGUAUCAAGUAGUGGAGUUUGACACUGAUAGUGGAGGAGGGGUUGGAAUUAUCCACUCUAAAUGGCUAACACCAAGAAAGAAAGAGUGUUUUUGGCCACCUUUUAAACAUUCUCAAGAGUACAAUAAAUGUCUCAGUGACGGACAGCGUCCUUGUGAAAAAUGGAGAAUUUGUGCUUUGAAGAGAAAAUUCUACAUUACUGAUGACAUAUUAAAGGCCAGAGAAAAAUUGAAAGAUGCAGAAUUUGAAUCUGACAUUGCAACUGAAUAUGAGAAUGAAUCCUCACAGAAAAGGAAGAAAAGGCCAAACAGAAGAAUUUUAUACAGCAGUGACGAAAGUAGUAGUGAUGAAUAUGACACAAAUAACCAGCUAGCCCACAAGAAGUAUCCAUCUCCACCAGAUGUGGAAGUGGCUGAAGUGCCAGUGGCUGAGUGUCAAAGGUCUGUGAACACACCGUCCAACUCAGCAGAUUCUGUGUUCACUAGAGACUCUCGUCCUUCUCGCAGAAGUGUUAUUAAUUCAGAAUCGUCUUCCUCAAUUCUUUGUUCUGUGGAAAAUGGAAAUACUGUUAAUACUCAAGAUGUUACUGUGUCAGAAGAUUCCACCAGAGAGCAAGUUGGUUUACAAGUGAUCGCUAGACAUUUGGCCAAAAUUGAGAAGCGUUUGGAUGUUAUUCAGCAAUCUGUAUCAGAAUUAUUAAAGCAGACUUUACCAGACACUGUACAGAACAUAAAUAUUUUACCAGAAGAGUUGACUCUUCCAUGCGAGACUGAAGAACAACUCAACAAAGUGGAAGAAUGGAUAUCAAUCCCAGAAAAUAAGAUAUGUAUGGAAACCACACUUGCUACAGUUGGAGGGAGAAAAGCUGAUCAUGUUGUGCGCCAUAUACUAGAGAGACUAUUCACAAAUAGAUUGGCAUUGAAAUACAAUUGGACAGGAAAAAAUCAGAAGAUAGCAUUAAAAAAUCUGCAGCUGAUGAAGAUUAUACCUGCUGCUGUUAGAAGAAAUAAAUCCACUAGCAACAUCUGUGAUGAUGAUGUGAAUACCAUUUUACGGAACUGGUUCCGUUUUGCAAAGGACAGGGAUGGAGGUCGAGACAGCAGAAGACAGUCGGCUAAAUAGAAAAAGACAUCAGAAAAAUGUCUACUGUGGAAGUUCAAAGAGAACUAAUUUGCGAAAAGUGGCAGUUCGUUCAAAAGAAAUUUGUCAAGAAUUAUGUAAUGAAAUUCAGCACAAUUAUGUAAAUGUUACUGUAAACACACACACUAACAAUCAUGGUGCUGAUUCAAACAAUGCAGGUAUUUCUACAAAUAAUAAUGAUUACAUAUGCAGCAGUAUUAGUAGUAUAAGUAGUACUGAUGAUGAUUCUUCAGUUGAAGAAAUUGAAAAUUCUGAACUUAGUGCUAACAUUGUUCCUGUUGAACAAAAAUUAGUUGAUUGGAUGUACAGUUAUAACAUACCACAUAAUGCAGCAACAGCUUUGUUGCACAUUUUAAAACCACAUAUGUCAGGUCUGCCCCUUGAUUCACGCUCUUUGCUUCACACUCCAAGGUGCUCAGUAGUGGAUACACAUACCUCAGGCCUUUUCAAAUACUUUGGUGUAGAAAAAAAUCUAGUGAAAAGAGCCCUAACUGGAUUAAAACCUUGUCACUAUCCAUUGCUAAGAAACAUUUACAGGCACUAUAGUUCAGAAAAUAUGGUGACAAUUUCUGUUAAUGUUGAUGGACUACCAUUAUUUUCCAGUUCAAAUAAAUCAUUCUGGGUUUUGUUGGGUAUACUUGACCAGGCUGUUGACAGGUGUCCUUUUGUAGUUGCAGUAUAUUAUGGUGCAUCAAAGCCUUCAGAUGCUACAGAAUUUCUUCAGCCAUUUGUAAAUGAAUGUGUGUUCCUUGAAAGAAAUGGAAUAAAUAUAACGAACAAGCACUAUAAGUUUUGUGUCAGUUGUGUAAUUGCUGAUGCACCAGCAAGGUCAUUUGUGAAAUCUGUAGUUGGCCAUAAUUCACUAAAUGGAUGUGAGAAGUGUGUUCAAAAAGGGAAAUACUAUGGUAGAACAACAUGGCCGUACAAAAUUGAUUGUUCACUGAGGUCUGAUGAGUCAUUUAAAUACAUGGAAUACCCAUACCAUCAGAAAUCAAUAUCAGUGUUAUCUAGUUUGCGAUUAGGACUUGUGUCUCAGGUUCCAUUGGACUAUUUACAUUUAAUUUGCUUGGGGGUAAUGAAACGAUUGAUACGCAUAUGGUGUGAUACUGGCCUUAGGAAAGGGAAGUUAAGUUCAAAAAGCAUUGAUACUCUUUCUAACAGAAUGCAGAUAUUGAGAAAGCAUACUCCUAAAGAAUUUUCUCGCAAACCAAGACCCGUGAAAUUGUUUAAAUUUUGGAAAGGUACUGAAUUAAGAUCUUUUUUAUUGUAUUUUGGACCAGUUGUUUUAGUUAAAGUUUUGCCCAGGAGUUUAUUUGAGCAUUUCAUGUUACUUCAUACGGCUGUUUAUGUUUUGGCAAGUGACAUCGGUGAACAAAACUCAUGGAGAAAGUAUGCAAAUGAUUUGAUGCAUGUUUUUGUCAAAGAAAUACCUGCAUUGUAUGGAAAGGAAGUACUUGUUUACAAUUUUCAUAAUUUGUUACACCUAGCAGAUGAUGUAGCCAAUUUUGGUAAACUUGAUCACUUCUCUGCUUUCCCCUUUGAAAACUUCAUGAAAAAAAUUAAAAACAUGGUUCGUGCACCAAACAAUCCAUUGCAACAAGUAGUGAAGCGAUUAGGUGAAGAUGCGUCGUGUUGUUUAAAAACAACAAAACAGUCAUCUGUUGUCAAAAAUGUUGAUGGUUCAAUAAGGUAUGUUGUGUUUGGAGAUCGUAAUAAAUAUGUAAUAGGCACAAAUUAUUCAGAUAGUUGUUUCAUGACUGUGAACGGUGAAGUAAUUGUAGUAAAUGGAAUUAAAAAGGCACUCUCUCCAGGAAUUUACAGUCUUGAAUGUAGUCGCUUUGAGAGUAAAACUGAUUAUAAUAAGUAUCCUUUAAAAAGCAGUACUUUAAAAAUUUACUUAGUGGAUAAUCUUGUAAAAUACAGGAAGUUAUACACUACACAGUUAUAUCGUAAGUGUGUUCUUUUACCGGAUUUCAAUGAUAAUGCGUGUUUUUUGUGUAUACCAUAUUGUAAUAUGGAUGUAUUUUAUUGAAGUUGUCCUGUAAGCAAAUAUAAAUGUACUUCAUUGACAUCCUGGAAGCAUUUGUUUUAUCACAAACCCCACAGUUCAAUCAUGUGUUAUUUACUGGCUUGGAAGUUAAAAUAAAUGUAUGUUUUUGUUUUUUCUUACUUGAUGUUUUGUAUAGUUUAUAUUACUUCAGCUCCAAUGUUUUUAAAAAAUUCUUUAUUGCAGUUCCAGGGUCAAAAUUACUCUGCGAUUACAAUUAUUAUUUUAUUUUUUAAUACCUAUGCAGGAAAGUAGGUAAUAAUAAUGUUCCUUACACACUAUUACAGCUGAAUCUUGUGCAGCAAUAAUUUAACCAUGCAUCUUUUUUUUUGUUAGCUUGUAAGUUAUGUAUUGUAAUAAAAGUAUUUUUUU